AUGGAUCAAAUAAAAUGCCCAAUUUAAAAUCAUGAAAAUCUAGUUGAAAGAUUCUGCUAUUUUUAAAAUUGUGCUGAGCCCACAAGACUUAUGUGUGAAACUUGUUUAAAAGAAUAAAGACAUAUUGCUACUCAUAGUGAUUGGGAAAAAAUAAAUGAAAUAUUGUAAUUUAUAGAAGAAAUAUAAAAUAAUUGUGAACUAGAUAUUAUUGAAAAACUAAGUGAAUAGUUCAAUGUGCUUUAAUCAAAAUUUUUUGAACUUAAACGUGGAUUGGAAUUAAAAUAUUUAGUACCCAAAGCCAAAAUUGAAAAAUUUAAUGGUGUCCAAAUAGACUAAUACUUAUCCGAUUUAGUACAAUUACCAGAUCUUAUUCGAUAAUUAAGCUUUUUACUAAUUAAUUUCGAAACGCUCAAAAAUAAUAUAGUUGAAUUUUAAUAAGAAAAUAAUAUCAUUUGCAUCAAAGAAGUCUAUGAGAAUGAAUAAUUAUCUGUUUACUACUAUGAAUAAGGUUUUUACAAUUUUUAUGAUAUUAGGUUAUAAAUUAUAUGAAAUGGAUCAAUUUUAGUAAGCAAUAGAAACUAUAGAGAAAUCUCUUAAAUAUAAUGAGAAGAAUAUUGAUUCUCUAUGGUGUAAAUGUAAUUGCCACUUUUCAUUAAUUAGCUACUUGUUUAAGUUUAUUGGGCGAUUAAAGCGAGGCUAUCAGAUGGAUUGACAAAGCCUUAGUUAUAGAUAAUAACCAUCUGGAUUCAUUAUUUCGAAAGUGUAUGAUAUAUUAAUGAGAAAUUAGCUGAAUGUUUAAAUUAAUAAGGAAAUCAUUAAGAAGCACUGAAAAUUAUUGAAAAAGCUAUAUCUAUAGAGCCUGAUUGUAUUGAUUCGUGGUCCAAAAAAGGUACCUCUAUUUUUAAAUAAAAGCUGAAUGUCUAAGUUUAUUAGGCUAACAAAUGGAAGCUCUGUCAAUAUUAGACAACAUUUAGAAGGAAUGUCCUUAAAAUAUAGAGUUUAUGUGGAGAAAGGGUGAGUUUAUGUCUUAAAUCAAUUAGCUGAGUGUUUAAGUCUGAUAGGCAGGCAUUAAGAAGCCAUAAAUUUGGCCGAUGACAUUUUAAAUAUAAACCAAAAUCAUGUUAACUCUCUAUGCAGAAAAGGUUUUCGUAACUCUAAAUUUUAGCCUAAUGCUUAAGUUUACUCGGGUAUUAAGAACUAGCUAUGGAAUAGAUAAAUAAAGGAUUGCUAAUUGAUAAAAAUCAUGUAAAUUUAUUAAGGGUUGGAGGUAUUAUUUCUGGUUCUUACGUAGCUAAAUGCUUGAGCCUGUUAGGAAAGAAAAAUGAAGCAAUUGAUAUGAUUAAAAGAAUAUGCCCAUAAGAUUUGCAAACAUUAAUAAUAGAGUGUAUGAUUAAAAUUAAUACAUAAUAGCAGAAUGCUUAUUUAAUUUGGGAAAUGUGGAAGAAAGCUUAAAAGUGAUAAAUUAAGCAAUCCUUUUAAAGAGUAAUAAUGUUGAUUUGAUUUUGAAAAAGGGUAAAAUAUGUGUAAAAUAUAGUGGAACUGUUAAUGGCAUAAAAAGACUAUUCAAAAGCUUUAGUUGAAAUAUAUGAAGUUUUAGAAAAGAAUUAAAAUAAUGUAGAUUUAUUGUGGAUGUAGGGUAAGUGUUUCUAUUGAUUAGGUGAGUGUUUAUAUAGGACUAAUAAGGAAUAUUAAGCCAGUAAAGUUAUAGAAUAAGCUUUGAAUUUAGAUCAAAAUCGUACAAAAUCAUUAUUACCCAAAGGUGAUCGUAAUAUAAAAUUUUAGGAAAUUGUUUAUUUUUGAUCAAAAACUAUGAUAAGGCACUUAAAUGUUAUAAAUAACUACUAGAAGAAAAUCCUGGUCAUUUAGAAGCUCUAGAUAAACAAUAAAAAUGUUUAAACCAUUUAUCGAAUAAAUGA